GAAUUUUAUCCUCAAUCGCCUCUUCUCAAGGUAAUUGAACACGUCUGGGUAGAAUUCAAUAAGCGUUUACAAGAUUUUCCAAGUGAAUUUAACAAUAAAUAAUAAAGAUUCAUUAAAAAAAAAAAUCGUUGCAAAUUAUCUAACAGGAAAUAACUUCAAACGUCACCGAAAAUUUAGUUAUAUCUGUGUCUAAAUGAUUACAAGCUGUAGUUGAUGCAAAAGGAGGUUUUAUGAAAUAUUAGUCUCAAUAAUUUUGUUUUUUUUCUGAGACAUGUGAGAAGUGUACGACGACUUUUGUGACUUCAUAUUUUCUAUGAUCUCAAUAAAUAUAAUAUUUACUAUAUUUUUUAAAAUACACUUUCAUUAAUGUAAUCUAAAAAUACAUUCUCAAAACACUUAACUAAGUUGGGUGUACGAAGACUUUUGUUAGCGACUGUAUAUCUGUACCUUCUAGUUUAAGAGUAGGUUCAGUCAACAAUAAUCAAGUUGCCAAAUCUAUUAAAAUAUUUCUGCCUAAUAAUAAUAUUUUUAACGAUUAAUAACUAAAUAUACAAGUGUCCAAAAUGUUAUUCUGACAACUAUUCUAGGAUUUUAUUAUUCACUCGUUCAUGCGCCAUUCAAUUGGAUAAUUAACGCGGUGUUCAUUUUUUAAUGACAUUUUUUUCAGGAUAUUUAAUCACGGACAAAAGAAAAAACAGAUUAGAAGCCCAAAGAGUGGCGAAACGACGGAAAUAUGCUCAAAUAAAAUUAGAUCCUGAACUUUACGCAAGAGAAAAAGAAAGAACAAGGCAUCGUUACCUAAAGAAAAAAGAAAAGGGACUAGUAAAGCCAAUUGCUGAAACAUCACCAAGAGAUCAAAGAAUUAAAAGAAAAAAGUGGAGAGAGGCUGCGUGUAGAUACAGACAAAAGAAAAAAGAUGAAAAGAAAACUGUUAAAAUUCCAAUGCCAGUAAUGAUAAUUCCCACAGAUGAAGAUGUCUACAGAUGAACAACGGGUAUUAUAUUAAUAAGUGCGUUACAUAAAAAAUUGAUUAAAGUAAUUUAAUUUUAAAUAAAAUCAAAACAAACGAAAAGAAAAAUUUUAAUACACUUUUUAAUUAGCUCACUUAACCCGAAGGUUGUCGUCCGUGCUCGUCUUAAAGUUUUCUAUUGUGAUCCAUCAAACCGAUGACCAUGCGUAUGCACGGAUGGUAGUUUAUAAUCUAAAGUCACACAUA